AGCUGUGAGUAAGGUGGGGCAUUAGAGCUAAUUCACCGGGAGCGAGUGAGAGCUACAAUCUGCUCAGACUCAACAACACGGUAUCGCCUUCCUUAGGUGGGCAUGGCGUUCAAGAUUUGUUGGAGUGAGACAAAGUUACAAGGUGCAAGCAACUGAAGACACAGGACAGAACAACUCCCCAUGGCUGCUACAGCCAGUAGAAGAACUGGAACUCCGAGACCGGGGUGGGUCGCUUUUUCAGAUGAGGAGUCACAGGCAGAUGAGGACCACCUCCAGCCCUCUUUAGACCAGCCUGUGCUGGACUCCUCUACUUGGGCAGAAGUACCAUGUGUGCCUGGCAACAAGACAGAGCAGACGAAUUCCUGGGUUCAGUUUGAUGACAAACCAUGGUCACCCUCUCCUCCUCCCUCAACGCAGGUAAAAGGUCCCAGACACAGCAUUUGCUCUUCAGCCAGUUUCUGGAGUACCGUUCCCCCUUCAGAGAGCAGCUGGACCACCCAAUCAGAGGAGCAGAGCUCCGUGAGCAUGGGGGCGUCUUCCUGUGACCUGCCCUCUCUUAGCACCGAAGAGCCACCCAGUCAAACACCCUCCUGUCCUCACUCUCCAAAUUCUUCUGUGUGCCAAGAGGAUGAAGAAAUAACCAUGGAUUCGUUCAACUGUACAGCAAAUAACCAACACACUAAUGGCCAUUCAUACGUCACCUCCAACCACUUUACCAGUUGGGUUACUUUUGAUGAUGAUGAGGACAUCCAGUCUCCAGGGAGACCUUCUAAUAUAAAACUGGAUAAUCUCAACAAUUCUCCAUUGCAGGAUGCCAACAGCAACUUGAUUUCCUCUUCCAUUUUUGGUCAGAUGACAGAGAGACGCAUCCUGGACUUGGCCCCUAAUGGCACCAAUUCCAUCUUUGCCUUUGAUAACACACUAUCGAACAACAGUGUCCCUUAUAACAAGAAGAACCCUUUCCUCAAUGAUGAGUUCUCCGACCUACAACCUUCUCCUAUUAACCCUUUCAGUGCCUUUUUUGACAAAACAGACCUGAAAACGUCCAAAGGCAUUGGCUUGUGUCCAGAGGCACCGAAUAGGUCCAGCUUCAGCUCACCAUUCUUUGAGUAUCAAGACGAUGAUAUCAAAAAGGAAUCUAUUUGGAUUUUUUCAGCUCAAAAGGACUCUGCAUUUGGAAAAGAUAGUGUCCCACCAGGCUUUCCUCUGGAUGGUCUGGAUCAACUCAAGAAUAUACACAUCUCUGACCCUGAACAUGACGGUAGUCCUACACUACCAGAUGAUUCAGUGGAUGAAGUUUGCUCAGAUGAUUCCACCUAUGAACCAGACCACAUGACUUCCCAGGAAGGCUGGCCCAUGCUCCUGCGCAUCCCUGAGAAGAAGAACAUCAUGUCCUCACGUCAUUGGGGACCAAUAUUUGUCAGAUUGACGAACAGUGGCCAGCUGCAACUUUUCUAUGAGAAAGGGCUGGAAAAGCCCUUCAAAGAGUUCCAGCUGAACUCCCAGCAUGAGAUAUCUGAACCCAAGCUCCAGAACUACGACGAGAACGGCCGGGUUCAUACCAUCAGUUUAGACAAUGUGGUUUACAAGGAGAAGAGGAAGAUCCAGCCCAAGGUCACUGUGGUUCAUUUGCCCGUAAGAGAGCAAGUGGUGAAACUUGGGACCACAAACUACCAGGACUUCUUGAGCUUUCGUCAUGCUCUGCAAGAGAGGCUUGUAGGACUCUCAGUGGAUCAAGAAGGUCUCAACUGGCCAACGACUUACACUGACGAGGAGGUCCACGUGGAGGUGAGAGAUAACUUUUAUGGGAUUCUGUCCAAAGGGGACGGCCGUAUCUUGGAGCAGCUAGUUUUGAGCCGAGUGAACAUGCUAGCAUUCUUGAAUGGAUCUCCACCUUGUAGUAUCGGCCUAAAUGAUGUCCAGGUCAAAGGUAAAGAGGUGGUUUCUCGGCAUGACAUAAUUCCCAACACAACAUCACGUUGGAUUCAACUGCGGGAUUGUCGACUGCAUGAGUGUGCAGACCAGUUAGAGUUCACAGAGUCCCGUGCCAUUACGUUUAGUCCACCGGUUGGUCGUCGCUUUGAACUACUGUGUUUCCGCACUGCGUUCGCAGAAAAAUCCCUUCCCUUCACCCUGAGAACAGUCGCUUGCGUCAGGGGUGCGGAAGUGGAGGUUCAGUCCUGGCUGGUGAUGUCAACGGGGUUCACAUCCAAUCGGGAUCCUUUAACUUUAAUACCAUGUGAGAACGUUGCUAUCCGUUACCCUAUACCAGAAAUUUGGGCAAAGAACUUUAGGCGGGAGAGUGUGACGGGAGAAAAGUCCCUGAAGGCUCGAUUCAAUAAAGGAGCCAGCUUUGGUUCAACCAGCACAUCAGGGUCCGAACCAGCCAUGAGGGUCACGAUCGGCACAGCUAAAUACGAACAUGCCUUUAGGUCUGUGGUGUGGAGGAUCAGUCGCCUGCCAGACAAGAACUCAGCACUGGGACAUCCUCAUACGUUCUUCUGUCGUCUGGAGCUGGGAUCAGAUUGGGAGGUGCCUCCUAAGUUUGAGUGCCUGGUAGAGGUUGAGUUUGACAUGCCCUCUGCUUCUGCGUCCAAAGCCACCGUUCGCUCUCUGUCCGUGGGGGACAGAACUGACUUGAAGAAAUGGAUCACCUACAAAUCACAUUACUCCUAUCAGGUGGCAGUCGAGCAGAAGAAUGAGAGCACAUUGGACAGUCCUCAAAACGAGAAGCCAGACGAGUGCACUCAUCAGUGAGGAACCAGGAAGAGAGGGAGGGUCACAGGUUGCACUUGUUGAACGAGAGAAAGUUCAACCCUGAACUAGUUUUCGUUUACAUUUAUAUUUUGAAAUUGAAACAUAUUCAGUAAGAAUGAUAUAUAGAAAGGGAAAACACCACAGACCCCUCGCAAAACACUACAGCAUAUUUCCAGAUCUCCACAUUUGUUGCAUGUCUAAAUAUUUCAAGAAUAUGAAUUACCAUUGCAGCAAAGUACAGAGCUUUUAUUUUACAGACAUGAAAACAUUGCUCUGCCCAUAUAGUGAAUAACUCACAACUCACAUCUCAUUAAGUCCAAUAAUCAUCUUUGCCUGAAACAAUACAGCUGCCAUCUGUACUGCAGAUAUCACUGAGAUUUUGUGUACAUUUGUGUAUAUUUUGGCCUAUGAAGAGUCAUUUGUGUAGGGUUACCGGGUACAUUUUCUUGCUAUUUAACUUUGUACAGAGAACAAUGA